GUUUCUCACAGUUAUGUCUUGUAUUUUAUAGUGACAUUUAUUGUUUUACCUAAAUUUUAUAUAAUAUUUUAUGUUUAUGUUGGCCGACGGCACUUAAUGUUUGAUCAUGACGGGCAGCUGCAACGGCGACCCUGAAGUGAAGGAGGAGAAGCGGCUGAACGAUGACCUGUUGCUGUUCAUGCGCAAGCGCAGCGAGACCGACGCGCCGCGCUACACCGCCCGCCUCAAGACAUACGUCGACCUACAGCAGAAGCGCCGGCGGGCAGCGGUCGCCCGACGCAACGCGGAAUACGCUGCCGAGAAAGCUGCAUUUAAGAAGAAAGCAGAAUCCGAGCCUAAGGAUAAAAGACCUUCAUCUGCAGAUCGGCAGGAGGUCGACGAUGACAAAUCUAGACGUAGCCGCGCAAUGAAAGACAGACCCUGGGCGGACAGCGGCUCCUUGUCCAGAGAGGAGUCGGACGCCUGCGGCCGCCGGCGCAGGAGACGCCGCUCAUGUAGACGUUGUCGCAGACGGCGGCGUUGCCGGCGACGUAGUCGACGUCGACGUCGCCGACGUUCUUGCAGCCGACGUCGACGUCGACGUCGCCGACGUUCUUGCAGCCGACGUCGCCGCCGCCGCUGCCGCCGCCGACGUCGCCGUCGCUGCUAGUGACGUCACUGCCGCCGCUGCCGCUGACGUCACGACAAUGUUAACCCGAUCCAAAUUGAAGCGUGACUGAAUCCAUUGCAAGCUUAAGUACUGUACAAGGUAUAAAUUCGUUAUCUAUUGCAUAAAGCACACACAGGUACUGUGUGACAUAGAUAGCGCUUUGCCAAAUCAAAUGAAGUGUCGAUCGUCUCUUUUAAAGGAUUAAUGUGCAAUAUUUUGUCUCCACGUCCUGUUCCAAUUCACCCGAGCCACAAAAUACUUACGCCGUUCUAUCGA